AUGGGUGUGAGUGUAGGAAAAGCUUGGAGUUUAGGAAUGUUAUCGACGAACCUAGCUCUGUUACCAAACAACAAAAAGAAACAUGUUUGUUCACAACAACAAAGGAAAACAAUCACGAUCUCUUGGUCUCUCGUUUGUGGUUUCAUGCUUUUCAUUUUGGGCUUGAUUUCGCUUUUUACUGGUCACAUGCUUUCUGAUCUCGAAUGGUACUCACAUCGAUUGGUUCAUCCUAAUUUCAAUUUCUACUCUAGAUUGGAUGGGCAUUACCGUGCGCCUAUUGAUAUUUGGAAAUCUAAAUUGUCUCAAUAUUACUAUGGGUGUAGUGACAGAGGACGCGGUUAUGCUCCUGCUGUGCGUGAGCAGAUGUCAAAUGGCUACUUGCUUAUUGCAGCUAGUGGAGGAUUGAAUCAACAAAGAACUGGGAUAACAGAUGCUGUAGUUGUUGCACGAAUUCUCAAUGCUACGCUGGUUGUACCUGAGUUGGAUCAUCAUUCUUUUUGGAAGGAUGACAGUGACUUUAUCAAUAUUUUCGAUGUUGAUUGGUUCAUUUCUUAUCUCGCUAAAGACGUCACUAUUGUCAAAAGAGUUCCUGAUAAGGUGAUGAGGUCAAUGGAAAAACCCCCAUAUACAAUGCGCGUCCCGAGGAAAUCAGAGCCUGAUUAUUAUCUUGAUCAAGUUUUGCCAAUACUUUUGAGAAGACAGGUUGUACAAUUGACAAAGUUUGACUUUAGACUUGCGAAUCACCUUGAUGACGAGCUGCAAAAACUAAGAUGUCGUGUUAAUUUUCAUGCUUUGAGAUUUACAAAACCUAUACAAGAACUUGGUCAAACAAUUGUUAUGAGAAUGCAAAAGAUGGCACGUCGUUUCAUAGCAGUCCAUUUGAGGUUUGAACCAGAUAUGCUCGCAUUUUCAAGUUGUUAUUUUGGUGGGGGAGAUAAAGAAAGAAAUGAGCUUGGUGAAAUCAGAAAAAGGUGGACAACAUUACCUGAUUUGAGUGCAGAUGGAGAACGAGAAAUAUACGGAGGAGACGAGACUAUGAAGCCUCUCAAAGAUCUUUUCCCCAAUAUCUAUACAAAGGAAAUGCUUGCUGCUGAUGAAGAGCUGAAACCUUUCCUUCCAUUCUCAUCCCGCCUUGCUGCUAUAGACUACAUUGUUUGUGAUGAAAGUGAUGUAUUUGUCACUAACAACAAUGGCAACAUGGCCAAGAUUCUUGCAGGUCGAAGGAGAUACAUGGGUCACAAAAGAACAAUUAGACCGAAUGCGAAGAAGCUUAGCACACUUUUUGCCGGAAGGCAUCAGAUGGAUUGGCAUACCUUCUCCAAAAAGGUUAAGGCAUGCCAAAGAGGAUUCUUAGGAGAGCCAGAUGAGAUGAGACCUGGACGUGACUAUCAAGAAUUUCCAAGCUCUUGUGUGUGUGAGAAACAAUAUGUGAAUGAAGAACCCGAUACAAAGAUUGAUACCUGA